GCGGCGGUUCGUGCGGCGGAGAGUCACCCCGCAAGUGGGUCGGUGGGAAGGAGCCGGUGCGGCAGCGGGGAGCGUCGGUGGCCGCUGGUGCCGGCUCCUCCGGGUGCUGCCCGCUCCCAGGCUGGGAGUUUCCUUAUCAUCUAAAGAUCAAAUAUGGACCCUGAAGCUGAGAUAAAGAAGCAAGUAAACCCUUUCUACUGCAAUAUUUGCAAAAUCUGGUGUGCUUCUGCAUUAAACUUGCAGACUCACUUCCUUGGAUUCAAACACAAGACGGUUGAAGAAGCAUUGAAAGCUCAUGGCAUUGUUAAAACAGCAAGUGGCUCAGGGGAACAAGUGAAAACACCUGUAAAACUUCCUGAUUAUGUGCAAAAUGAGCCAGAGAGGUUUCAUGGACAGACCUUGGAAGAACAGCUUAAUACGUGUAAAGAUUCAGAACCUGCACUUGGACUUAAUUAUAUAAUUGAAUAUCGAUCAAAAGACAAUUUCCCUUUUCUCUAUGAAUGUCAACUGUGCCACUGUAAAACAGGACUGAGUAACAUGUUCAUGCAUGUUUGUGGUUCCAAGCAUAGACUGGCAUACCUGAAACAACAUUAUCCUGAGAUAGCAGAAUCUGAUGAAGUUAAGGGUAAAGGCUCCGAACUGAACAGAAAAGUUAGGCAAGUUGCAUUAACGAUUGAGAAGAAAGAAGGAAGAAAACAAAUAAAGGUUGUUACAGAUGCUCCGAUAAUGAGGAGGAGAUGGCAAGAAUAUCCUAAUGCAGAUGACAGCCCUUCAAAAGCUAAAGUUCAGCAUGUGGAUAUGUCACUUAGUAAUGAAGAAAAAACAGAUUGUAAAACUAAGGAUGGAAGAAUGCCAGACCCUAUUCAAGAUGAAAAGAAUGUUCAAGAGGAGCAGGAAAAAAGUCAGAAAGAACAGGCAAAACCAGAUGAGAAGGUUGAACCUAAUAAGGCUAUUGAAAGCAGCGAAGGCAACAAGACUGAAGAAGGCAGCAAAGGCAACAACUCAGAAAAGUGUAAGACCAAUAAACAAUCGCAGGAAGAAAACGAGGAAGUUGAGCAGCAAGAAUUUACAGCAAAUCCUGAAGAAUUCACUAGUCAAGAAGAACUGUUGGGUUAUUUGCAAAAUUUUGAGAUACUGAAUGAAGAUGAUGCUUCAUUUAUCCUAAAAGUUACACAGACUCUUACAGAUGCACUGGUGGAAUAUCGUCAGCAGGCUGCAUCAAACAAAGACCUCUUAGAUACUGAAUAUAAUGGAGAAGCUGCAUUGGAAUAUUCCACAGAACAGUCUGACCUGACUUCAGCAGAUAUUAGUGACUCUGAUACUGACUAUUCAAGCAGCCGAUCAGCUAAGCAGUCCUUAUCAGUAAAUGAAGAUGAUGAACCCCAAAACUUUUCAACUGGCUCUUCGGAAACAGCAUAUGAGAACAACAUUGCUACUGAAUUUUUGAACAGUGUAAGAAAUAUGAAUAUUGAGGAAGUUACUGCUACUCUACACAAAAUAGCAGCAGCAAAUCCAGCUUUCAGAGGAAUUGAUAUUCCAAAUGUUAUACGGAUCCUGACUGAAAGUGGAACUCUGAGAAGACCAAGCAACGGCAGUGCACAGUGACAUGGUAGUCAAUAGAGUUAAUAUAGCAAUGUUUACUUUCUAUCUGGAUGGAAUUGAGAAUCCUCAUCCUGAUGGUUUCACGUCUUCAUAUCAUGGAAUGCAAGAUGUCAUAAAAAUAAGGUAACAAAGAAAGCAGCAACAGAAUUGGUUAGUUUUGUUCUAUGAACAGACACAGGAAUGAAAACAGUUCACUGAUAAUUAAAGAAAUUAAAACACAAAACCGCUGCUUUAAAGAAAUUGUGAAGAGUUUCUAGAAUGCCUCUAAAUAUGUUCUUGUCAGAAGCAGAGGUGGAACCAGAGCUCUUGCAGCUCAUUUAUGGUUCAAUAGGGACAAUGUUAAUGCCUGCUUAAUGAAGAUGAACUUGAUCAGUAAAAACAUCUUUUAGUUGAUACGAAAUUCUGAAUUCUGUUCCUGUAAUACAGAAAAUAAAAAUAAACAUCUUUUUUUGUUUGUUUUCAAAAUGCAGAAUAUUCUAUUAAUUAAUAAAAUCAGAAUGUUCAGCUGUUGUAAAUGGCCAUCUCUGGGACAGCUUCUUUUUCCUCUUACUGUGGAAUCAUUCCUAGUGGAAAUAAAAUUAAGUUG